AUGGACCCCUGUGAAGACCUGGAAACGUCCAGCGGUAAAUCUCUGGACUCCAGGGGGACCGAACCUCAGGAAUUUGAAGGACCACAGGCCUGCGGCUCUGAGGCCCUGGGGAGAGGAAACGAGGAGAUGUGGAGCCGGAAAUCCCACCUGCAGAGCCCACACGUGGAGAACAGCAACAGGGAACAGCAAGAUCGAAACAGAGUUUCUGAAGAACUUAUAAUGGUUGUGCAAGAAAUGAAAAAAUACUUCCCAUCGGAGAGACACAGUAAGCCAAGCACCGUGGAUGCCCUCAACUAUGCCCUUCUCUGCGUACACAGCGUACAAGCAAACAGUGGGUUUUUCCAGCCUCUCAGUCAGAGUGGAGCACCUCAAGCAGCUGCGACCGCAUACAAUCUUGAGGAGCUGGCCACGGCUGCCUCGGGGUACACUUCCAAAAACACAGAUACCUUUGUGGCAGUGUUUUCAUUUCUGUCUGGAAGGUUAGUGCACAUUUCUGAACAGGCUGCUUCAAUCCUGAACUGUAAGAAAGACUUCCUGGAGUCUUCGCACUUUGUGGAACUGCUUGCUCCCCAAGAUGUGAGGGUUUUCUGCGCACACACUGCCCUCGCUCAGCUUCCCCUCUGGAGCAACUGGACCCAAAGAGCGUCUCAGUACAAAUUCGCUCCGGUGAAAUCCUUUUUCUGCAGGAUCCGGGGAGGCCAAGACACAGAGCAAGAAAAGCAUUACUAUCCAUUCCGGAUUAUCCCGUAUCUGAUGUAUGUACGUAGCUCCACCCAGCUGGAAUCUGAGCCCUGCUGUCUCACCCUGGUGGAGAAGAUUCACUCUGGUUUUGAAGCUCCUCGAAUCCCGGCAGAUAAAAGAAUUUUUACCACAACACACACCCCAGGCUGUGUCUUUCUUGAAAUAGAUGAAAGAGCGGUGCCUCUGCUGGGUUACCUACCUCAGGAUCUGAUGGGAACGUCUGUCUUAGCGUAUCUGCACCCAGAAGAUCGUUCUCUCAUGCUUGCCGUACACCAAAAAGUCUUGAAGUAUGCAGGCCACCCUCCCUUUGAACACUCACCCAUUCGAUUUUGUACUCAAAAUGGAGAUUACAUCAUCUUGGACUCCAGCUGGUCCAGCUUUGUGAACCCAUGGAGCCGGAAGGUAUCGUUCAUCAUUGGUCGGCAUAAAGUUCGAACGAGUCCACUGAAUGAGGAUGUUUUUGCUACCAGAAAAAGAAAGACGAACAGUAAUGACAAAGACAUAACAGAAUUACAAGAACAAAUUCACAAACUUCUCUUACAGCCGGUUCACGUGAGCGCCUCCAGCGGCUACGGAAGCCUGGGCAGCAGCGACUCGCCGGAGCCGCGCGUCAGCCUCGCGGCGUCCAGUGAGGCCAGCCGACCCCGCGCCGAGGCGGCGCGCAGGGAAGCGCUGACUUUGCAGCAGGUCUGUGCCACUGUAAACAAAAUUAAGAAUCUAGGUCAGCAGCUGUACAUUGAGUCAAUGGCCAAGUUACCAGAUGAGCGAGUGACGGGGACGCGCAUGGGACGGCUUGGUGAUGAACAGAAGGCCUCAUCUGCCUUCCAGACGUUGAAAAACAAUAGCGUGCCCACGUUGAAAAACAAUAGCGUGCCCACGGAGUCUUGUGAAGACUGGAGAGAAGACCAGCAUAGCCCAUCCUAUCAGCAAAUAAACUGCAUUGACAGUGUUAUCAGAUACCUGGAGAGCUACAGCAUUCCAGCUUUGAAAAGAAAGUGCCUAUCCUGUACCAGUACAACCUCCUCGUCCUCAGAAGAAGCCAGCCCGAACCACGAGGCAGAUGAUGUCGCAGCCUUGCACGCUGCAUCUCAGACCCCAGCCAUAGCUAACCUGGAGAUGCCGACCGCCCAGCGGGCCGCACACAUUGCAGGAGGCGCUCUACGGACGCUGGCCCCCGAGGCACUGAGCCUGGGCUCCGGCGUGAGCCAUUGCAGCUACGCCCACACCGUCGUUUGUGCCCCACCCCCAGAGUCAGCAGAGGAUGCUGCCCCAGCGUGUGAGCCCUGGACCCCACGCGCACACCCAGCUCCACUGACCUCAGAAGAAUUUAAACACAUAGGGCUCACGAAGGCUGUUCUGUCAGCCCACACCCAGAAGGAGGAACAGAAUUAUGUUGAUAAAUUCCGGGAAGAGAUCCUCUCAUCACCCUACAGAUCCUGUCUUCAGCAGGAAAGCAGAAACAAAGCUAAACAUUUGUGUGUUCAAGGAGACUCUGCUUCCAAGCGGGCCCGAUCAGCUGGCUGCACGAAGGAGAAGCACAGACGAAAGAAGCCACGGGGACUGUGGGACAGCAGGGGCGCUCAGAACACCUUCUGUCCCCACUUGGGAGGAGAUGGCCAGUACAGGCAGCCCUGGGGCCCUUCCCUUGCCUCCUCUCCGCAGGCUUCCAGCCUGUCCUUCCCAGCUGCCCUGAUGGUUCCCAGCCUGGCUCCUUACCUCAUCCCGGCCCGCCCCGCCCCGGCCCUGCCCUCUGUGGGAAGAGAGCACGCAGCGUCGCUGACCACACUUGACCUGCUGCCUGAGCCCCCUUUAUGGAACGACUUGCAGUCUUUUCCUGCUCUCCCUUCUCCUUCCUUAGAUACUGUGAUGACCAUUUUCCUGCCUGACCCCCCUGGCUGUCCCCUCUUGUCACCAUCCUUCUGUCCAUAUGCGUUCCUGGGAGCAGCGGGCUCUUCUGGAACACCGCCCUCGGUAUCCGCGGUGACUCCACACCUGGAGCCGCCGUCCUCCAUCCUCAGCUGGAGGUGGGCAGAGGGAAAAUGGGAGACGCCGUGUGGAGAGCACCCGUGCGUUAACUCAAGGAGCAGCUCACCACUACAGCUAAACUUACUGCAAGCAGACAUGCUCAGAUCCUGUGAAUCUUCAGAUCAGAUGAGAAGGGAUAUAUGCCCGGAAGCUAAGUAUUGUGUCCCGGGCAAUAGUGGGAGGAAGAGCCAUCGUGCUACCACCGGCGAACUGUCCACGGCAUCACUAUAUGAGGAGUCGCUGUCUGCAGCGGGCUCUGUGGCAUCAGGUAGUAGAUCAGAAUGA